UCACCAUACGACGUCGUUUCAAAGUCAAUCUUCCACAGUCUGGUUCAGAACUAGAAGGAGUAGCUCUGCCUUGGCGAGGAUUACAUUACAGCCUAUGGGAUCGUUAUCCUUUCGUCCUCAAAUCACAGUGGAGAGAGGAGCCUCCGGAAGCGAAGCUGGAAGAUACAAAAUCUGCGCAUCUCAGAAAUCUUCUGUUCCGAUCGGACGUUCCUCUAGAUUCAGAAAUUUCGCCUCGCGGUUCCGCAUGAGUGUUGAUAAUGGAGGCGCUAAUAGGAGCGGAGCUCGGAUUGGUUCUGGAGAUGCCGUCAUCAUCGUCGACCAUGGCUCUCGCCGCCAGGAAUCUAACCUCAUGCUGAAUGAGUUUGUUGCUAUGUUUAGGGAUAAAACUGGUUACCCUAUAGUGGAGCCUGCCCACAUGGAGCUGGCCGAACCGUCGAUAAGAGACUCAUUUGCAUCGUGUGUUGAACAGGGGGCGAAACAUAUCAUUGUAAGCCCAUUCUUCCUCUUUCCCGGCCGACAUUGGCAACAGGACAUUCCUUCCUUAACAGCUGAAGCAGCAAAGGAUCACCCAGGAAUAUCAUAUAUAGUAACAGCUCCUCUUGGUCUUCAUGAAAAACUUGUGGAUGUUGUGAAUGAUAGAAUAAAUCACUGCUUAAGCCAUGCUGCUGGAGUUGCAGAUGAAUGUGAAGUUUGUGCUGGAACAGGCAAAUGCAGAUUUUAUUAAAUGUAUUGAAACCUGAAAGUCAGAAAUCGGGAUGGAACAAUGUAGUUUUUCGAUGACAUCUACCCGAAGGGCUUCUAAGAAUGUUGAAAGGAAGAGUAGGAACUUGGUGGUUUUUCUUUAUUGUAUAAUUUGUAUUUGAGAGCAAAUGACUACUGUACACAAUAAUACUAAUUUUCACAAGCUUGUUCAAUCACAAUUCUCACAAUUGGUUUUGA